AGUGAGCGAAGACUUAAAGAGACGUUGCUUCGCCAGAUCGUUUCCGCAAAUUUGCUCCCCGGAGCUUUGAUUCGUCCUGCGGGAUGGACCUGCGCAGAAGUCGAUGGACGGAGGAGGUCGCUUGUUAGGGUUUUAUGUUUCGCUGGGGGGAAACGCGAAAAGGAAAAGGCUUCUAGGUCUUGCUUGAUCUGAUUGGUCCUCUCGACAUCGGAGCUGCUGCAGUUCAAUUGGAGCACUCGUCGAUCGCGGUUUCAAGAGUUGUCUUUGAAGGAUUGCACAGAAGAAUGGAAUCACGUCCGGGUGGUACAAAUAUACUAGAUCCAAGCGUACAAACUGCGAUACCCGCUACAAUCAGUGCUCAGCCCUGGUGGUGCGGUCCUGUUUUUGCUGCAGUAAAUACUUCUAAGUCACCAGUAGUUGGAACCGAGGCCGGCCAAUUACGACUGAGUCAUGGCCUGGAUGAUACAGGCGAUGUCAAUAAAGAGGCAGAUAGUAUGGGCACAAAGCCAGAUGGGGGCCUAGGUGAGAAAAACAAGAGUCUUCAGCCUACUUCAAAUGCCAUUACUUCGAUGAUGCCUGAGAUUCUUUCACCACAUACCCAGCUGGAACUUGGUCAAUCAAUUACUUGUGCUACGUAUCCAUUUGCUGAUCCUUAUUUUGCUGGCCUAGUGGCUCCUUAUGGAACUCAAGCACUAUUGCAUGUGGGUCAAAUGUUACAGGUGCAUCCUCAGAUUAUAGGAAUGCCUCACCCUCGCAUGCCUUUACCUCUUGAAAUGACAGAGGAGCCAGUUUAUGUUAAUGCAAAGCAAUACCAUGGAAUACUCCGACGAAGACAAUCUCGUGCGAAGGCUGAACUUGAGAAGAAAGUUAUAAAAGUUAGAAAGCCGUAUCUUCACGAGUCACGUCACUUGCAUGCAAUGAGGAGAGCUCGGGGUUGUGGAGGUCGUUUUCUGAAUACAAAGAAGACUGAUGAUGGUGCUGCUAAAACUGAGACACACGAGGGGUUAAAUCCUAGUUCACCUCCUCUGAUGCCAUUAGCUAUCUCCACUAAUUCACUGAUUUCCAAUUGCUCUGGUAAUGCCGAUCCAUCGAGAAUCAUGCAGGAAGGAAAACUCGAAUCAAAAGUAUCUGUUGGUAGAAAAGAUGGCUACCAAGAGCAGUCUGGAUCCCAGUUUUCACAAAACGAAGACUAUGCAGGAAAGCAGCGAGCUGGCAUCCUGGUGAAUCAGCCCCCUAGUAGGGCUGUCGCCACACAGUGAUGAUCCAGGUUGAGCGAUGGACGGUGCUUGCAGCAUUGCGCUACGAAUUAAACUGUCUUGUUCCGAAUUUAGUCCCAUCAGAUCCUCACUUUCUGGUCGACAAAAGCAGCAGGAGCGCGAUCUGAAAGCUCAGCCGCCUUCUCAAGGGAAAUUCAUUGAUAAAUCUGAUGCUUGCAGGCAAUUCAUUCUUGGCUUUUAUCUUCUCCAUUUUCUUUUCUUUCCCUUUGUAUCUUCUGCAGGUUUGUCGUCAUGUUACAGGUACUUUGUAUCGUUUCUCAGGUUCUUUAGGCUCAUGUCAACUGUGAAAACUCAAUGUUAAAACUUAACGAUAGUGCGUCAAGUAGCUUUACUGUUGUGUCUAAACAAAAGAACACGAAUCUUGUACUUUGAUCCAUGCUUGUGAGCUUCCAACAUCUAAAUUCCCUCUGUUGCUGAUCCA